AUAACCCAAAAGAAUUACUGAAAUUUAGCAAUGUGAUUGUCAAUAAAUGGGAAAUCCAACUUAAGGAAAGUGUCUACAAUAACUCAAGGAAAAAGAAAACUAACAUAUUUUUAAAAAUAUAUUUACUUGCCCUUAAAGAACUAAAUAGUUAUGCUUCUGAACUACGAAAUUUGGAAUGUGUACAAAAAAGUUAGGACUGACUUUUUUGUUUUUUGAGGGAUUAAAUUUAGGAGUUAGGCCUACACUUUCGUCAUUGUGAAUAUGAAAACUUUCAACGUGAUGGUGAACGCUAACAGCUCAAGAGAAGAUUCAGAAUAGUCAACUCUGGAUAAAAACAUACUUGCCAUUGUCUUCGAUAAGCUCGACAUAAUGGACAUUAUCAUGGGAGCUUCACGUGUAUGCUUCUAUUGGUUCCUUGCCUCUCACAACAAAAUACUGUGGAACACCAUCGACCUCACCAAGCUCAAACACAAGGGAAAAAACGUCCUCGACUACAAAUACCGGGUCGAUAAAGAAGCCCUAAGCUAUAGUAAUCUUUCAAUUAAGAUGAGCCGGUUCUUCUUUAACUUUUGUAGAGUAAGACACACAAAACUCAAGAAUGUAAUUGUUGAGAUCACUAAGUUGAGCCGCACGGCUCCGUGUAAUGUGUUCUUUAGCUUUAAUUCCUAUUUACAAAAGGAGGACCUCAUGUUUGUUGCUAAGAGGAUGCCAAACAUAGAGAAACUUGCUUUACCAGUUUCAUGGUCAUUGUAUAAAGAGCUGAACUCAUUUAGGUUUGCGUUUAGUCAGUGGAAGAACCUUAAAACAUUGAUCAUGGCUAAUGACUUUACCUGGGGCUCAUUCGAGAUUCGAGUGUUGGGAGAGAGCUGUAGUAACCUCAACAACUUGAAACUUGUAGGUUUUUAUAUUUUGGGAAACGACGCUGCUGAAGGAAUCGUGCAUUACCUCCAGAGCCUCUCUAGGUUGAGUUUGCGAUGCUCUUUGAUCGAUGUUGAAGUAGUUCUCCUGCUAAUCAGAGGUCUUCGAAACCUCGCGAUCCUUAACUUGACACAAUACAAAAUCUUGCGCUGGUAUUUUAUGAUGAAUGAUGUUGUACAAGCUGCCACUCAGAAUCUUGACAAACUUAUCACAUGUUCAGAAUACGAUUGCCAAGUUUGCAAAGAUCGAUCUCGCAUGUUCCGGGAGCAGAAGUUUUACGAGAAGCAUUGGCAAAACGACGAGAUAAAGGAACUUGAUUUCUGAAAUUUUGAAAAGUUUUGUUGAUGUGGUUUGAGAGAGUUAUCGUAUUCUAUUUUCACAACCUUUAUUAUUCUUA